AACCAUACACGCUUUGUUAUUCUGCUUCUAUGCACACUAUGUCUAUCGAUUGCGCAAAGCAACACUCUCACGUUGAAUUUCACUGUUAUUUGUAUGGCCGGCGAUCCAAUCGAUAUCGAUCGAUACGGCACUUCUGGCACUACCCUACAAACCUUAUCUAAUGACACCUAUUAUGAGGAAAUAGGAAACUUUUUUGCUAAAAGCAGCUAUGAACGCUGUUUCCACGCGAUUGCCAACAACUGUAAUUUCAGCACGGUAUUUACCGUAACCCGACCAAGUGAUCGGCUUGCGCUCACGUCGCGACAUCGAUUCUUUUUCAAGAACCAUACACGCUUUGUUAUUCUGCUUCUAUGCACACUAUGUCUAUCGAUUGCGCAAAGCAACACUCUCACGUUGAAUUUCACUGUUAUUUGUAUGGCCGGCGAUCCAAUCGAUAUCGAUCGAUACGGCACUUCUGGCACUACCCUACAAACCUUACCUAAUGACACCUAUUAUGAGGUUGGCAACUCGUCGGAUUUACUGGAACAUGAUCAGGCAGUUUAUGCUCGACAUAACUAUGCCUACUCGCCGAAUGAGAAGAAUAUUUUAUUUUCGGUUGUGGCCAUCGGCGCAAUGGUGGCUGUCUAUCCAGUAAUGUGGCUAAUUCAGGUAGAACUCCUGAGCAAGAUUGUCCAAGAUGGUGUUGGCAUGGAUUGCUCUGAUGGUCGUAGAGUCGCGAGGAGAAAUCCAUUCGUUGAACAACGAGCUGACGACACAAUCGAAACUAGUCCGGCGGAGAGGAAGUUGAUGUUGACGCUCUCCUGCUGA